AUGAAGAGCAUCCAUUCCAGCCUCUAUCGCGUGAGGUCAAACUCGCUGACCUCCGUGCACCGGCCGUUGCACACCACCAGCGUCAUCCCCCUCACCUUCUUUGACUCUCCACCGCCCCCGCUGCGCCCCGGUGUCCUCACAUCGCCCAACCGACUGCCCACAGAGCAUCCGACGUCAAACUCGUCAACACAACACUCAUCGCACUCCCAUGGCGGUCAUCCGCCACUACCGCUUGCCCUCGGAACAACUCCCUCUAAUUCAUCAUCACAAAUACAAUCCCAAUAUGCUCUCUUCACAUAUUCGUCGUCGCCACCAAAAUCCUCGUCACACCCACAACCGGCUCAUUCCACGCAUGAAACACCGCACAGGGCUCCGAAACGACAGCGCCUGAAAUAUCAGCUUGACGUUGGUGCUUACGGUAUCCCUAAGCGGUGCAGAACAGGCGAGACCCCGCGAGGAUUGCAUACUACUCGCCUUUCACCACAACCUUCACCCCUCGACGACCUCUCUCUUGCUGUUCAGGUUGGAGAAGAUGCCUACUUUGUUCGGGACAAUGCUAUGGGAGUUGCCGACGGCGUCGGAGGAUGGACGCGGUCCAAGCACCACGACCCUGCACAGCCAUCGGCGAGUGCACUGUUCGCGCGACGUCUAAUGCAUUACUGCUCGGCAGAGAUAGAGUCGUCAGCAACUGCGAAACCCCUCAAUUCAUCAUCGUCCCGACCCCAGUUUUCGUUUUCCACUCAUCUCAAACCUCGUCCCGGCGAACGGCAAAAUCCCCUUUUUUCGAAUGCAUUUUACGUAUGGGAAGAGAUAGAAGCUCAGAGACAACGACAACAAGAGCUUGAAGAGGAUCUCCUUGAUUCCCUAGAUGAGCUGUCAGAGGGUAUCGACGUCCUCCAAAUUUUGGAAAGGGCUUACGACCAAACCAUCAAAACCCACGUUUCUUCAAACUGUUCGUCACCUUCACCAUCCCAUGACGCAUCUUCAGGGAAUCCCUCAACACCAUCCCAAUCGUCGACCUCGUUUUCGCAACGUUCGAAGAAAUCCCAAGAACCCACACCCCUUAUGACCGGAUCAUCGACCGCAUUGCUGGCCGUCCUCGACCAUGCGCCCCAGCCGCCUGCCAAUGGAAACUCAUCGAUGACUACCCUCUCCAUUGUAACAUCUUCGGCACACCCUCCGCUAUCUUCAUCCGCACCCUCGACGUCAUCUCCAUUCUCCAAUUAUGCCGCAGGCACAUUGCAUCCUUCCAUCUACUUGGAGAACGACGCAGCUCAGUCUUGUGACGCUGUCAUUAGAAUAGCCCACAUCGGAGAUUGCAUGGGAAUGCUGGUUCGAGAUGAGGAGAUCAUUUGGAGAAGCGAGGAAAUGUGGUGGGACUUCAAUAUGCCACUCCAGCUGGGUCCUGCAACACACCCUACUGUCACGCCCUCGACCACAGCACACCAUUUCACUCUACCCGUCAAGGCAGAUGAUAUCCUGAUUCUUGCUAGCGAUGGCUUGAGCGACAAUCUUUGGGAUGAAGAGGUACUUGAUGAGGUCAUCAAGUUCCGCCGAAGCUUCCUUGGCAAGGAUUCCGUGCCUCAACCCGCGAACGCGCAGUCUUCUUCAUCAACCUCAACUGCAGAGUCUGGAUCUGCAGAUCGUCUGCUCCGUCGCAAGACAUUGGCUGGGAUGCUUUCCGAGGCCCUGUGCUCGCGUGCGCGUAAGGUUUCGGAACGACGGGGAACGCCGAAAUCCAGUCGAUCGUCUACUCCACCUGGAGCCCCUUUUAUCGAUGAGGAUGAAGUCCCUUUUGCCCGUCGUGCACGAGAAGCAGGACGGACCUUCAGAGGAGGUAAACACGACGAUAUCUCCGUGAUUGUCGCUGUCAUCUCCCCGGCGCACGACGACGCUGCCCCUCAAAAAGUCCAAGCUUAA